GCUGCACUUUUGCUGCCCUGGCUCCGAAACACCUUUAUCUUUUCCUUACCGAGCUACCGAAGCUCCUAGUAUCUGCAGUUAUUCUUUGUUCAGCUUAAGCUGUGCUAGGUUCCAAUAUUGCAGACGCGUUUGCUGAUUUACCACCUCUAAAAACACGCCAAUUGACAGGAAACAGCCUGCCAUCACCCGUUGAUGAUUCGGUAGCGCGACUUCAAUCCGCCAUCACUGGCCGCAGUUUGCGACGCGUUUGCCCGCCAGCCAGUCACCCGAUUCCCUCUGCUGCUCGACAACAUGUCAUACCCCCAGUUGACACCGGCACGGCCGGUGCCGGGCGCCUUCUUCAACACGCCCGCAGCUUCGCGGUUCGCCAACGAUAACGAUCCAGCCAGGCGACGUCUGUUUGUGGAUGCCGAGACAAGCCAGGGAAGCUCAGCAACAGCAAGUAGCAGCGCUUUAGUCAGGCCAUCAUCUAGUCUGGCCACCGCGACAAUCUCGUCGACAAGUGCGGGCGGCGGACUGGUGUCAACUUCGUCGUCGCAACCCCCUCAGCAGAACCUCCCGCCUGUCACAAGGGCAGCUCAAGCGGUCAAUCAAUUCCUCCAGUCCGACGAGAACUACCCUGAGCUCGAUUCCUAUUGCAGGCCAGGAGCGUCGUCGGAAUAUGAUUUCAACACUCUCGACUCGCCAUGGGCGCCCUUCCACAAGACCCAGAUGUAUCCGAUUCCGAACCAGGUUUUUAGCCACUAUAACACCGGCCAGCUCCAGACCCUGAUGGGCUUGUUCGCUGAAAUCAACCAUGCUUGGGUUGUUAUCGACAACUCGCUCUUUCUCUGGGACUACACCCACCCCGAUCCGGAGCUGAUUGGUUUCGAGGACCAGCCGCAUACGAUCCACGCUGUCGCUCUCGUUGCUCCCAAGCCCGGAAUCUUUGUUAACACCAUCACGCACAUUUUGGUUGUUGCAACAUCCUCUGAGAUGAUCUUGCUUGGUCUAUCCGCCGAAUCCACUCCGUCAGGGACGAAGACAGUCUCGCUAUACAGUACAAAGCUCAACCUCCCUCUCCGAGGUACCGAUGUAAGGGUCAUUGCUGGCACUGCCGAUGGUCGCAUUUUCUUCGGAGGUAGCAAUGACACCGAUAUCCACGAGCUUUACUAUCAACAAGAGGAGAAGUGGUUCUCGAGCAGGUGCGGCAAAAUCAACCAUACCAACCCCGGAUGGUCGUCGGUUGUCACCCUUCAGAGCAGUUUUUGGGCACACAAGUCUCCAGAAGGCCUCCAGAGCAUCGUCAUCGACGACUCACGGAAACUUGUCUACACCCUGUCGACCCGAUCUACGAUCCGCACGUAUCACAUGGAUGGGCCGGACAAGCUCACCAAGGUUAUCGAGAAAGAGAGGAACGCCUGUCUCCGUGACAUCACUCACAUGAUCACCCAAUCUCCUCUGCUCAACGACCGUACAACCUUUGUUUCCAUCAGCGCCAUUCCCUCGCGAGAGGCCUCGAAGCUCCAUCUCAUGGCCCUCACCAACACUGGUUGUCGACUUUUCCUCAGCGCAACAAGCUCCGCCUCGUACAUGAUCGGCGGCGUCUCUUCCAACACACCUCCUCAGAGCAUGCAAGUUCAGUUCAUCAAGUUUCCUCCUUCGGACAAGCCCGGACGUUCAGGUACCAAUAGUAACGGUGAUGCCGUUAUUGACCUGGGCUCGAGAGCGUUGGAAUUGAGCAGACUGGGAGCUAGGUUUGCGCCGGGCUACUUUCUGGACUUUGUUGUCAAGGAAAACGACCCAAACAUUGAUCUACUCUUCGUCUCCGCCCCCGAAACCGGCCGCAUCAAGGCUAACUCGUCUUCUUCAACGCUCAAGUACUACGAGCACGGAAACUGGAUCGACAUCGGAAGUAGGGCCGAAGAUGUUGGUUUGGUGACGAAGCCAUUCGCUGCUGCCAAGCAGCCCGUCGGCUUCGGGAACGAGCUCGCAGUCCAGUUUGACGAACCUAGUACCGAAUUUGCCGUUCUCACCAACACUGGUGUUCACAUCAUCCGCCGUCGACGACUGGUAGACACCUUUGCUGCUGCUAUUCGAGGAGCUGUUGGUGAUGAAGGCUUGGAGAUGGAGACUAGGAAAUUCAUUUCACGCUACGGACGGGUUGAGACCAUCUCUUGCGCCCUUGCUGUUGCUUGCGGACAUGGUGGGGAUGCCAGACCUGGUGCCACGCGCGCAAUUGAUCAGGCAACGGAAGACCGCGCUCGGGCCGUGUUUGUCGAUUUCGGCGGACAACCUACCAUCACCGAGGCCGACGGCACACCUCUCAACACAACAUCUGUUCGCCUGUCUCCCAGACAUGAUGCUCUUUGUGUGUACCUCACCCGCCUCAUUCGUACACUUUGGAAGAAUCAUGUCGUUGCUGCUGCGGCAAACCCCGCUGGUGGCAUCGCAAUCCAGUCCAUGGUUCCUGUCUCCAGACUUCACUCUAUUCAGGAGCAGCUGGAGCGUCUCCGCAGGUUUCUCGACGCAAACAAGAGCUUUAUUCAGGGCCUCUCUGGUCCCUCCGACCUCCAGAGGGUAGCCAGCAAGCAAGAGGAGGUUGCUCUCCAGGCAGAGCACCAGGCGCUGCAUGCGCUGCAAAAGCUGAUGGAGAGCAUCUCAGAGGGUAUUUCUUUCGUCUUGAUGCUUUUCGACGAGCGCGUGAGCGACAUCUUCACCAGGCUGGAUGCGACAGCCCAACAAGACUUGAGGAACCUCACAUACGAGAGUCUCUUCUCACAAGCUCCCGGAAAGGACUUGGCCAAGCUUCUCGUCAAGUCGAUUGUCAACCGUAACAUCGAGAGCGGUUCCAAUGUCGAGACGGUGGCGGACGCUCUGCGGAGACGCUGCGGCAGCUUCUGCAGCCCUGACGAUGUUGUCAUCUUCAAGGCCCAAGAGCAGCUAAAGAGAGCAUCCGAGCAGCCGCUCAAUAGCAACCCUUCCCGCACACUUUUGCACGAGAGCUUAAGACUCUUUGAACGUGUCGCCGGUGCUCUCUCCUUCUCCAACCUUCACAACGCUGUGUCUCAGUACAUUGAUCUGAAGUACUACGCUGGCGCCAUUCAACUCUGCUUGACCGUGGCCCGCGAGAAGGAUAGAGGAAACAGUGCCCUUUCUUGGGUUCACGAUGGCAAGCCCAAUAAUGACCCUCGCGCGAAUGCCUUCGCCGAACGCCGGAAAUGUUAUGAACUCAUACACGAAGCUCUGCAGCACCUGGACGCUGCAUCGAGCAGAGAGCCCGAGACCAUCGACGGGCGCCUGACGCUGAUCGGAACCAAGCGCCUCGAAGCCUACAGUGUGGUAAAUGACUCGGACGAUGAGGUCUUCCACUUUGACCUUUAUGAGUGGUACAUUGAACAGGGAUGGACCGAUAGAAUUCUUGCCAUCGAAUCGCCACACGUCAUCACAUACCUCCAGAGCUUGGCCAGAACCAAUGUGGAACAUGCGGACCUACUCUGUAGAUUCUACACACAACGGGAACGGUAUUUCGAAGCUGCUCAAGUUCAGAACGACCUUGCGCAAUCCGAGUUCGCCAUCGGCAUUAAGGACAGAAUCACCCUCCUUAGCAAGGCAAAGGCUAAUGCCAACGUCGCCACGGCCGGUGUCGGUAGACAACAGCAGCAGGUCCUUGCUCACGAAGUCAGUGAGCUUCUCGACAUUGCCAACAUUCAAGACGAUCUCUUGGAGAGGCUCAAAGCCGACAGCCGCAUUGCUCCCGAACGAAAGGCAGAGAUUGAGGAGGCGCUCGAUGGCCAGGUUGUAUCGUUAUCCGACCUCUUCAACCAGUACGCAGAUCAAGCCAACUAUUAUGAUCUGUGCCUCCUCAUUUACCACAGCGCCGAUUACCGUAAUCCGACAACGAUCGCCCAAACCUGGAUCAGCCUUAUCAGGCAGAUCCACGAGGAAGCGGUUGAGCGGAUGGAGGAAGCUGGACCUGGCAUUCCUGUCCUCCCCUCACCGUACGAAUCUGUGUCUGUCAAGGUCCAGAACAUUGCCCACCGGACCUCGUUAGACAGCUUCAUCUUCCCCGUACCCGUCCUUCUGCCGGAAAUUUGCCGAUACGCUGUCGAGCAUCACCAGGAUGCUGAGAUUGGCGUCGACCCUACCUGGCCAGUACAACUGUUUCUCAGUCUUGGCGUCUCUCACGAUAUGGUCACUCGCGUCCUCGAGAGUGUCUUUGACACACAGGACUACGGUUUCAGCGGCAACAAUCGCAACCGCAUCAUCGAACUCAUUGUGUUCGCUGUUGAUGUCUGGCAGCGCGAAGUGAAGCGCCGUGGCGGUGCUUCGAUGAAGGGGGAUGGAGCCAUCGGUGCCUGGGUCAAGGACCUGCUUAGCCGAUGCGAAAACUCACUUCCUCCUGCUGGCCACGGCUCGAAUCCCGGUGGCAUGGACCUGGCGGAGAUACGGAGACGUCUACGGACUGUUCGGAGAGAGGUGGACGGCCUUAUUGAGAGAGGCCCUUCUGGAAGCUUACGUUUCAUGUAAUGUCUGAUAUUUGGUUGCAUUAGGGGGGAGAAGGGAGUUGGUUUUCAGAAAGAAGACGAGAUAAAACCAAAGAAGACUGAUUGCGGCCUCAGCCCAUGGGGACGGUGAACCCUGGGAAGUGUAUAAAGAAUAAGAGAGCAAAAGAUUACCUUGUAUUUGAUGGGGCAUGGGGUUUCUCCAGGCGCGGCUAGGAUAGGCGAUGUGGGCUUAGGCUUUGGAUGGCUAGUUGAGUUUUUUUCCUGUCAUGGACACAUUACCAGCGCCCAGGUGCCGGGUGUUUACCUCGAUCCGACUAUGACAAUUCCGUUUUAUUGGCUUGCGGCCUUUUCAUGGCGAUAUCCUGCGAGUCCACGACUGAUAUCACAAUCCCAAGAUGCUACUUUCUCUCUCUGGCUGCGCUCGUUGAGGCACCCUGCCUGCAG